CCCACAGCGUGACCGGAAGUGCGCGGGGCCCCCAAGAUGGCGCCCGAAACCCGGAAGUGAGCGGCGGCCACGGAGAGGCUCGGAGAAACUGAGGCGUCGAGAGCUUCGCGUCCGGCCGCACCCGGCUCCGAGCCUGCCCUGGGAUCGCUCCCAGCCGAAGCCUCCUCUGGUCCGCUCCCCGCGGCUCCUUCCGUGCUUCGCUCCGAAGCCUCUACCGGUCCGCUCUCCGCGGCUCCUUUCGGGCUUCGCUCCGAAGCCUCUACCGGUCCGCUCUCCGCAGCUCCUUCCGGGCUUCUACUUCCCCCCAGGGGUGGCACCAGUAUAUAUACGGAUACAGUGUCCAAUCAUGUUAAAGGCAUGAUGCCACCCCCAGUGCCGCCACCAGCACGGAACCCCAAGCCCAGAUAGACGCUCCUGAUGCCUGCAGUGGGGCUUGCCAUGGACGGGGAGUACCCACAGCACGAGCGCCCCCCCGCCGGCGUCCUGUACAGCCCGCCCCCGCUGCAGAAUGGUCUCUUGCACUGCCCUUGGUGGAGCAGCUUCUCCACACCAUCGUACCCGGCCAUACCAUCGUACCCAGGCUUCUCCAGUGACAGCCAUGUGUACGCGAGCCCGACCUCCUUCCUGGACAGCCAGCCCUGCACCAAUACCAGCUACGGGGCCGCGGCCUCCUCCGCCCCCAGCUUCCUGUCCAAGGGCAGCGACUUCCCUCAGGACUACUCUGAGGACCUGUCCAACACCUCCAUCUUCUCCUCGUCGGUGGACUCCCUGUCAGACAUCGUGGAUACACCUGACUUCCUCUCAGCAGACAGCCUCACCAAGGUGCCCACCAUCUGGGACGUGAGCACUGCCUCGUCCACCCAUGACAAGCUAUUCCUGCCCAGCAGACCAUUCCCAGUCCUCGAGGACCCUGUGACCUCUCUGCCCAGCACCUCCCUUCUCGUCAGCUAUCAGUCCCAGAGCCAGCCCGAGGAUGAGGUGGAGGAUGAGGAAGAGGAAGAGGCGGAGGAGCUAGGCCACGCCGAGACCUAUGCUGACUAUGUGCCUUCCAAGUCCAAGAUCGGGAAGCAGCAUCCGGACCGCGUAGUGGAGACUAGCACUCUGUCCAGCGUCCCCCCGCCGGACAUCACCUACACCCUUGCACGGCCCACCUCGGACAGCAUGGCCCUGUCCGCCUUGCAGCUGGAAGCCAUCACCUAUGCCUGCCAGCAACAUGAGAUCCUGUUGCCCAGUGGUCAGCGCGCGGGCUUCCUCAUUGGCGAUGGGGCCGGCGUGGGCAAGGGCCGCACUGUGGCUGGCAUCAUCGUGGAGAACUACGUGCGCGGCAGGAAGAAGGCCCUGUGGUUCAGCGUGUCCAAUGACCUCAAGUACGACGCUGAGCGUGACCUAAGGGACAUCGAGGCCCCGGGCAUCGCGGUGCACGCGCUCAGCAAGAUCAAAUACGGCGACAACACUACCUCAGAGGGAGUCCUCUUCGCCACCUACUCAGCCCUGAUCGGGGAGAGCCAGGCCGGUGGGCAGCACCGCACGCGCCUGCGGCAGAUUCUGCAGUGGUGCGGGGAGGCCUUCGACGGCGUCAUCGUGUUUGAUGAGUGCCACAAAGCCAAGAACGCCAGCUCCACUAAGAUGGGCAAGGCCGUGCUGGACCUGCAGAAUAAGCUGCCCCUGGCCAGGGUGGUCUACGCCAGUGCCACAGGUGCCUCUGAGCCUCGGAACAUGAUCUACAUGAGCCGCCUGGGCAUAUGGGGCGAGGGCACGUCCUUCCGGACAUUCGAGGAGUUUCUGCACGCCGUGGAGAAGAGGGGUGUGGGCGCCAUGGAGAUCGUGGCCAUGGACAUGAAGGUCAGUGGCAUGUACAUCGCCCGCCAGCUCAGCUUCUCCGGCGUCACCUUCCGCAUUGAGGAGAUCCCACUACCCCCAGACUUCGAGCGCAUUUACAACCGGGCAGCGCUGCUGUGGGCCGAGGCCCUGGGCGUGUUCCAGCAGGCGGCCGACUGGAUCGGCCUGGAGUCGCGCAAGUCGCUGUGGGGCCAGUUCUGGUCAGCGCACCAGCGCUUCUUCAAGUACCUGUGCAUCGCCGCCAAGGUUCGGCGGCUGGUGGAGCUGGCCCGAAAGGAACUGGCCUGCAACAAGUGCGUGGUCAUUGGGCUGCAGUCCACGGGCGAGGCGAGGACACGGGAGGUGUUGGACGAGAACGAGGGCCGCCUGGACUGCUUCGUCUCGGCUGCUGAAGGCGUCUUCCUGUCGCUAAUCCAGAAGCACUUUCCUUCCACCAGAAGGAAGCGGGACAGAGGAGCCGGCAGUAAGAGGAGGCGGCGGCCGUGUGGCCGAAGGACCAAGGCACUCAGGCUGGCGCCUGAGGGGACAGGCGUGAUCCGCAUCAGCGAUGACAGCAGCACCGACUCGGACGCUGGCCUGGACAGCGACUUCAACUCCUCCCCCGAGUCCCUGGUGGACGACGACGUGGUCAUUGUGGAGGCCGCCGGGCUUCCUGUGGAUGACCGGGUCCCCCUGAUCCCCCCACAGAGGGACCUGCACGGCCCCGCUGUCCUGGAGCGCGUGGAGCGGCUGAAGCAGGACCUGCUGGCUAAGGUGCGGGCGCUGGGCCGCGAGCUGCCCGUCAACACCCUGGACCAGCUCAUAGACCAGCUUGGGGGCCCAGAGCAUGUGGCUGAGAUGACGGGCAGGAAAGGCCGAGUCGUGUCCAGGCCUGACGGCACAGUGACCUUCGAAUCGCGGGCAGAGCAGGGCCUGUCCAUCGACCACGUGAACCUCAGGGAGAAGCAGCGGUUCAUGAGCGGCGAGAAGCUCGUGGCCAUCAUCUCCGAGGCCUCCAGCUCUGGCGUCUCCCUGCAAGCCGACCGCCGCGUGCGCAACCAGCGCCGCCGGGUGCACAUGACACUGGAGCUGCCCUGGAGCGCCGACCGUGCCAUCCAGCAGUUCGGACGCACGCACCGCUCCAACCAGGUGUCGGCACCCGAGUACAUCUUCCUCAUCUCUGAGCUGGCUGGGGAGCGGCGCUUCGCAUCCAUUGUGGCCAAACGGCUGGAGAGCCUGGGUGCCCUGACACAUGGGGACCGCCGCGCCACUGAGUCCCGAGACCUCAGCAAGUACAACUUCGAGAACAAGUAUGGCACUCGGGCCCUCAGCUGUGUCCUGAACACCAUCCUGAGCCACACGGAGAACCAGGUGCCUCUGCCUCAGGGCUACCCUGGAGGGGACGCCGCCUUCUUCCGGGACAUGAAGCAGGGGCUGCUGUCGGUUGGCAUUGGCGGGCGGGAGUCACGGUCCGGCGGACUGGACGUGGAGAAAGACUGCUCCAUCACCAAGUUUCUGAACCGCAUCCUGGGGCUGGAGGUCCACAAGCAGAACGCACUGUUCCAGUACUUCUCAGACACCUUCGACCAUCUCAUUGCCAUGGACAAGAAGGAGGGCAGAUACGACAUGGGCAUCCUGGAUCUUGCUCCUGGAGUUGACGAGAUCUAUGAGGAAAACCAGCAGGUGUUCCUGGCCCCUGGGCACCCUCGGGAUGGCCAGGUGGUCUUCUACAAGGUCACUGUGGAUCGCGGACUGAAGUGGGAACAGGCCUUCAGCAAGUCGCUAGGGUUUGAGGGCCACUACGAUGGCUUUUACCUCUCCUACAAGGUGCGAGGCAAGAAGCUCAGCUGCCUGCUGGCCGAGCAAAGCAGCGCCAAACACUUCACGGUGUACAAGCCCAACAUCGGCCGGCAGAGCCAGCCCGAGACACUGGACGGCCUGCUGCGCAAGUUCCAGAAGGUCUCUGCGGAGGAGGCCCAGGAGCACUGGCAGAGCAGCUAUGCUUACUCGCUGACACACUGCAGCCACAUGGCCUGGAACCAGCAGUGCCGGGCGGCCCAGGAGGGCAGGGACUGCGUGCAGGGGCUACGGCUGCGACACCACUACGUGCUGUGUGGGGCGCUGCUGCGUGUGUGGGGCCGCGUGGCCAACGUCAUGGCCGAGGUCAGCAGCAGCAGCUACCUGCAGAUCGUGCGCCUCAAGACCAAGGACGGGAAGAAGCAAGUGGGCAUCAAGAUCCCCGAGGGCUGUGUGCACCGAGUGCUGCAGGAGCUGCGGCAGAUGGACGCCGAGGUGCAGCGCCGCCGCCGCCCCGCGCCGCCGCCUGCCCCACGGCUCCCGCUGGCGCUGCCCUUCGGACCCGGCGAGGUGCUGGACCUGACCUACAGCCCCCCGGCUGAGGCCUUCCCGCCGUCAGCCUUGCCGCCCCCGCCGCCACACUUCGCCUUCCCGCAGCCGCCCCCGGAUCCCGCGGCGCUGGCGCACCAGGGCUGCGACAUCAACUUCAAGGAGGUGCUGGAGGACAUGCUGCGCUCGCUGCACGCAGCGCCCGCCGAGCCCCCGGGGCCGCUGAUGGGCGCAGGCACGGGCCCUGAGCGGCAGAGCGUGAUCCACUUCAGCCCGCCCUUCCCCAACUCCUAGGCCGUGCCCGGCGGCCCGCACCUUUCCCCAACGGACAGACGGACAGGGCGCCGCUCCGCAGUGCCUUUCCCCGCAGACCCUGCCCGGCCCGUGCUGGGCUGGCUGCCGGGGUGCGGGGCGCCGUCCCCGGGCUGCCCCGGAGCUGGCGCCGAGCUGCUCACUCAGGAAACCCCGGUGCUCAGGUCCCGCCUCCGGGGCUCCACGGGGGAGGGGGGGGCAGACCCCAUUAAUAUAUGCAAUCCCCACCCUGCGCCCUAAAUUAUUGCCCGCCCACCUCCUCCUCCCCAACCAGCGGCGGGUGGCCGAAAUCUGUAUUUAUAAGGAACCCCAGUGUAUAUAUGUAAAGAGAUCUUUUUAAAUACAGGAGCCUUUUGCCUA